AUGGUCACCGAAGCCCGACAGCGCGGCUAUGUCAACAUCAUGUCGCCGUCGUCCUGGACCACCGACGAAGUCCCCGGACCCAAUAUCACCGACAAGGCGACCGUGCUGAGUAUGGCGAUGAUGGCAGCGAACGCAUACGUCGAGGAAGAGGGACAAGCGGACUGGGAAGAAGUUGGUGGCCCGUACAACAGGAGUGCGGACUUUGGUUGGGAGACCGACGGUUUGCGCGGUCACAUCUGGGCCGAUGCGACGAACUCGACUGUUGUCAUCGGACUGAAGGGCACGUCCCCCGCGGUGUUCGACGGCGAUGGCACCACCACCAAUGACAAAGUCAACGACAACCUGUUCUUCAGCUGCUGCUGUGCUCAGCAAGGACAGUGGACCUGGCAUCAAGUUUGCGACUGCGCCACGUCUACUUAUUCAUGCAACAACACCUGCGUCGUUCAAGCACUCAAGGAUGAGCACCGUUACUAUACGGCCGCUAAGGAACUAUACUCCAACGUCACCGAGAUCUUCCCCGAUGCAAAUAUUUGGCUGUCCGGCCACUCCCUGGGUGGCGCGGUUAGCUCUUUACUGGGGUUAACCUACGGUGUGCCUGUCGUUACCUUCGAAGCCGUACCAGAGGCGCUCGCUGCCGGCAGACUGGGCUUGCCAGUACCUCCGGGAGCCGAGCAGAUCGUCCAUCAAGCUCGUCAGAAUACCGGCGCCUUCCACUUUGGCCACACAGCAGACCCCAUUUACAUCGGCACCUGCAACGGCGCAACUGCGACAUGUUCAUUCGCCGGAUACGCCAUGGAGUCUGCCUGCCAUACUGGAGUUGAGUGUGUCUACGACGUAGUGGCCGACAAGGGAUGGCGCGUUGGUAUUGGAACGCACAAGAUUCGAUCGGUUAUCCACGACGUGAUCGAGAAGUAUGAUAAUGUCCCCGUAUGCCACGCGACACCCGAAUGCCGUGACUGCGUCAACUGGAAGAUGUACGAGAGUAACGGCACCGAGACCACGACCACAUCCAAGUCUUCGACGUCGACAAGAUCGACGACUCGCACCCGCACCGCCACAUGCCAGACUCCUGGCUGGUGGGGAUGUUUGGACGAGACGACGACUACGGGCGGUCCCACAACCACCACCUCUACGUCGACAACGUCAACUUGCAAGACACCCGGAUGGUUUGGAUGCAAGGACAAGACGACGACUACGUCCACUACGACAACUACUACGUCAACAACGACGACAAGUGAGUCUGCCACGACCACUUGCAUGACGCCAGGACGUUUCUGGGGAUGCAAGGACGCGGUCUCGACGACAGCCUCUCUACCUAUAACAACCACUUCGCAUCUCAUCACCUCCGCCCCUUCCGCGCCGACCGCAACUCCGACCACGGCACCUACCAAGGCACCUUCAGAGCCCGAGUGUCGCAGAAGAUACUGGUUCGGAUGGUGCAAGGAGUGGGACCAGGUUUCUGAGGGUAUCAGUGAGGAGAUGUGA